AUGCCCCCGGUCCCCGGCACCGAUCCCAGCCUCUUCUACGGCGACACCAGCGACUUGACCCGCGUCUACGACACGCACUCGAUCGCCUCUUACUGGUCUUCCGACCCCUCCGACCACGAGAGCGCCCUCCCGAUCCUCGGACACCACCAGACCGUCGUCGGAUAUCAGACCAUGGCCCAAACCGACCAGCAGGGCGCCGCCGCCGCCGCCUCUGCCACCCAGGCCCAGUCCCAAGGAGGCGGAGGCAGCCUCAAGGACCGCAUGUGCCCCAACAUGCGCGGCUGCUGGUCCUUCUCGUGGGAGGCCUACAGCCUCAAGACCGCCGACAAGGCCGUCCUCUUCCGCCGCAUCUGCAUGUACGUCAUCCUCGGCAUCCGCACCGCCAUGUCCGUCAUCGGCGUCGUCCGCGACAUCAUCCAUGCCCGCGUCGCCGGCUUCAUCAUCGGCAUCAUCCUCGGCGUCAUCGGCUUCUUCUUCAUCGCCUGGUGCCUCGCCGUCAUCGGCCAGGCCGAGGGCCGCCGCAAGGUUCUCGGCGUCAUGGUGGGACGCUGGCACUUCGACGUCUUCCUGCUCGUCACGGCCUUCAUCCACGCCGCUCUUCUCAUCGGAAGCUUCUUCGGUCUGGGCUCCGCCGGCGGCCACGCCACCUGGCUCAUCAUGUGGCUGCUCAUCUUUCUCGUCGCCUGGAUCGGCACCUGGCCCGCCGAGCAAGAGAGCUACGCCUGA